AUGACGAAAUACCCGAUGCAACGACACACCGUACUCGACAACACCCGAAUACGUCAAACCAGGAACUCGUCACGUCGCUCUCCCAAGAAAGGAACCGGCGAAGCAAAGUCACCACAACAGAAGCGAAGCGACGCAGAAGAAGGAAACAGCAAAAAAAAAAAAAGUACUGAAGUCACGUGUAAAAAGGCAAGUCGACGGUGGUGCCGGAUCCCGUGCAAGUGCGAUUCUACCGGAAGGACAUUUCCGGCAGAAAUUCGCUUGAAAUCCUUUAGAAGGCAUUCGCACCAGGUAGAAGGAGACGUCAUCUAUCUCAGCCGUUGGUUGUUCCCUCGGGCUUGGAAACCGAACAGCAUUCAGAUCGGGACGAAGCAAGCCGUGACAGAAACAAAUCAGAAAGAAAAAUAUCCCCGAUACAGGGGUUUUUGUUUCUUGCCUCUUCUUCCCAGGAACUGCGCACCACUGCACCGAUCCACGUGCAGAAGAUCACCGUGCUCACAUUUGUUGCCUUCCCUCGGUCAGGCAAAUCGACCGUGGAAGAAAAAAUCGCCAGCGAAGCGGUUUGCACGUGCAGAGUUGGGCGAGGCCUGUCAGUCGUCAUCCAGGCCGCCCACACCAAGGAAAAGCGUCGCAAGCGAUAUCCUCAGAACGUGUAGUGUAGGGCGAGGCCUGUCAGUCGUCAUCCAGGCCGCUCACACCAAGGAAAAGCAUCGCAAGCGACAUCCCCGGAACGUGCAGUGUAGGGCGAGGCCUGUCAGUCGUCAUCCAGGCCGCCCACACCAAGGAAAAACAUCGCAAGUGAUAUCACCGUAACGUGUAGUGUUGGGCGAGGCCUGUUAGCCGCCAUCAAGGCCGCCCACACUAAGGAUAAAACAUUGCCAACAAUAUCGUGCAGUCUCGUAAGGGACCUGUUAGCAGAAACAAGGGGCUCCAGGACUGAGGAAGUUUGUCGUCUGCAUCAUGCCCAGAACAUGCCAUCUCGAAUUCCAAUGACCUUGCCUGUUUCCCCAUGUCGCCAAGGGAGUCGGCGAAAGGGAUGCUGAGGACAGUAGCGGCGAAACAGCUCGUUGACCUUAUCGAAAGAUGACAUCUGACACACAUGCACGUAAGUUAGGCCUAUUCUCCAAUGAAAUUGAUGCGAAUAUAUGACAUACAAAAUUAAGUUCCCUUUCCUUUG